UGAAUUACAGCCUGGUCAGAGAGCCCUGUUGCCUGAAAGAAAAGAAGCUAUAUGCUGGCUGGCACCCCCAAUAACAAAGAAACAACUACGAGGAUUCUUAGGUACAGUAGGUUUUUGCAGGAUUUGGAUUCCAAAUUUUGGGGUUAUUGCAAAACCUCUGUAUGAAGCUACACAAGGAGAUGAAAAGGUGCUCGAAUGGACUGAAGAGUGUGAGCAAGCAUUUUGCCAGUUAAAGCAGGCUCUCAUUGAAGCACCCGCCUUAGGACUACCGGACAUGAGUAAGCCUUUUUCCCUUUUUGUGCAUGACCGAGGUGGGGUAGCCGUGGGAGUCUUAACACAGAAAUUGGGUAGCUGGCAACGACCAGUGGCAUAUUUUUCAAAAAAAUUAGACUUUGUGUCAUGUGGAUGGCCUGCUUGUCUCCGGGCUGUUGCUGCCACCUGUCUGCUAAUACAAGAAGCUGAAAAGUUAACCCUAGGCCAUGAAAUGAUUGUAUAUGUGCCUCACGCAGUACUUACAGUCCUGGAACAGAAAGGAGGGAACUGGUUAACUCCGGGACGAAUGGCUCGAUAUCAGGCCAUCCUCCUAGAUAAGCCUGAAAUAAAACUGGCCAUUUCUCGCACUGUAAAUCCAGCAAUAUUGUUGCCAUCUAUGGGUGACACACCAGAUCUUGUGCAUGAUUGUUUGCAAACAUUGGAAACUGUUUAUUCUUCAAGACCAAAUUUGAGAGACAGACCUCUUGAAAAAGCUGACUUGGAGUUCUACACUGAUGGCAGCUCGAGUAUAGAGAAUGGAAUUCGAAAAUCCGGAUAUGCUAUCGUGACUACACAGAAUGUGAUAGAAGCAGGACCUUUAAACCCAUCUGUUUCAGCUCAAAAGGCUGAACUCAUUGCUGUGACUCGGGCUUUGCAAUUGGCAGCCAACAAAACUGUCAAU